GGAGCAGUUACAGUGCUUUCGAGACACGAGUAAACCAACACUCUACUAGUAUUUCCAGUGAAAUUAAGUGUUUUCAAUUGAGAUGGGUAGGACUCCAUGCUGUGACCAAAAAGGACUUAGGAAAGGUGCUUGGACUGCCGAAGAAGACCAAAUACUCUUUUCUUACAUCAAACAACAUGGCGAAGGUGGCUGGCGUCACCUGCCCCAGAAAGCUGGUCUUUCGAGAUGUGGUAAGAGCUGCAGAUUGAGAUGGGCUAAUUAUCUGAGGCCAGGUAUUAAGAGAGGAGAGUUCAGCCCUGAGGAAGAACAGACCAUUAUUCGACUCCAUGCAAUUCUUGGCAACAGGUGGUCAAUUAUAUCGAGACACCUGUAUAGACGAACCGAUAAUGAAGUAAAGAAUUAUUGGAAUACUCGGUUGAAGAAACGAGGAACAACAGAAAUCAAUAGUAAAGAUUCUCCAGUCCGACAUAAAACUAAUGAUGAUGACAGUAGUGAUAAUGGUAAUAUUAUUAUUAAUUCGACCGCAAUUUCUGAAGAAAACAUCAUUAAUAACUAUAGUAAUAGUGACAAUGUGACCAAAGAGGCAUCAACAUCAUCACCAUCAUCAUCUUCUUCUACUACUGAUUAUGUACUCAACAGAGGUCUCCAAAAUCUCAUGUCGCCAAUUUCUAUUACUACUACAACUACAACUAAUUCAAAAGGUUUAGCUAGCAUAAGUACAUCCUUGGACACUGAAAUUUCGUCAAAUUCUUUACAAAUGAACAAAGGUAUUUCUACUGAUACAGCUAGUAGCAGUGUUAGUACUUCUAUAAAGGCUUGUGGGGAUGAUCAUCUAAAUGUGUCUAGAACUACAAGUUCUACAGCUUCGGCUUCCAGCAGGGCACUACUCAACAAAAUUGCUUCUAAACUCAAUCAGAUAAAUCUCGGUACAAUCAUUGGAAUGGGCAGUGGUUGUAGCGGUGGUGCUCGAGAUGGGGUUGAACAUCGUACUAUGGACUAUUCUUCUCCUAAUUUUUGUUGCACACCAAGUAUUGAUGAUAAUAUUAAUAGUAUUACUAGUUAUAAUGUUGAAGACCUUUUGGAGGAAGCGGAGUGCCAACAGAGCCUGGAAAUGGUUCAUUUUGAUGACCAUAUUAGUUCCAAUGCUACUCUCGAGGCUGAAGAUAAUUCUCUUGUGGAUGAUACAAACACAAGUAAUUUUAAUUAUUUUGAUGAUGCCAAAGAUGGAGGUCAGAGUGCCAAUAUUUCGCUUGAUGAGCAGCUUUUGCUCCCAAAUCAUUUUUCAAUGGAUUGUUUGGAAGAUGUCUUAAGAUAUAUGUAAUGAUUUAUAUUGUUUUGAAAAAAAAUCCUAUAUGUUGGUUUUUAUUUAUUUAUAUAUAGGAGAUUUUAAUAGUUAC